AUGAUCGGAUUAAGAUCUAACCAAAAAUAUUACAGGUGGAAACAACGAAAGUUAUAUUAUAUCUGUACAUUGCUUCGUUGGUCAAAAUUACGUUGGAUUAUUUUAUCAAUACUAUUCUUUAUAUUCAUUACUGAGUUUUAUGAAAAUCGUUCUAUUACUUAUCCAGCAUUUAUUCAAAUAACAAUUAAUAAAUUUUAUUCAAACUCGAAAGAACAAGAUAACAGUACAAAUCCUGAUCAUAUUAUAAUAUUAAUGAAUGAUCGAGCACCAGCAUAUAACCUUGCAGUUCCACCUGAUGAAAGACCAUUUGCGGAUCCUGAUCGAGCACAAGCUAGAUUACUCGAACAAUUACAUUUUUUUGACACAUGUCGACGAGAUCCAUCAACUAUUGUUGUUCAUAUUGGUGCUUAUCUAGGAGAUUUUGGACUUUAUUCAGCUGCAUGUGGUUGUACUGUUUAUAUGUUUGAAGUGAAACCAGAAGUAGUACGUCUUAUUAAUUCAUCAAUUAGACAUAAUUCAUUUCCAUCAUCUCGUCUUCAUUUCAUUCAAAAAAUUGUUAGUGAUUUACCAUCUAAUACUACUGUCAAAUAUCCACCUGGAGAUGGUUCACCACCUAUUAUUGACGAUUACAUUUCAGUACAGACUAUACGAUUAGAUGAUAUUAAAUGGCCUUCACAAUCUAUUUUCAUGCUUAAAAUCGAUGUUGAUGGAUAUGAAUUAAAUGUACUUCGUUCAGCAACGAAACUAUUUGCUGAAAAACGUAUUCAACAUUUAAUCUUCAAAUAUCAUCCAUGGUUGCAUAAUCGAACUACACAAGAGAUACUAAUGCCGUAUGUAAAGAAUGAAUUAAAACCAAAACUUAUGUAUAAUCUUUAUCGAACUGAUAACACUAUCUACGGACCAUUACGUCUCAGGGAUAUAAAAGUAUUUUAUGAACAACAUAUAAAAUUAGAUUUAGCAGCCGAUAUCUAUGCUGCUUUCAGUGAUAAAACUCUUAAAUCUUCGAUUAAGUCAAAACCAUAUUUUAAAAAUAAACAUGUUAUACCAGAGUGA